CAGUUCAAAACAUAUAGAAAAAUCAUAUUUCUACAAAUUCCUUCACCCCUGGCUGGGGACUGGACUUCUGACAAGCACUGGAGACAAGUGGCGGUCGCGCAGGAAGAUGAUAACUCCCACGUUCCACUUUGCAAUCUUAACCGACUUUCUGGAGGUUAUGAAUGAACAAGGACGUAUUUUGCUGGAGAAACUUGAGAAGCAUGCUGACAAGGAACCAUUUGAUGUGUUUCUAGAUGUCACUCUGUGUGCCCUUGAUAUCAUCUGUGAAACGGCAAUGGGCAAAAAUGUGGACGCUCAGAAGAAUAAGGAUUCUGAGUAUGUUCGUGCUAUCUAUAGGAUGAGUGAUCUAAUCCAGGAGCGACAGAAGAGCCCUUGGCUUUGGCCUGAUCGUCUGUAUAUGCUGUUCAAGGAAGGAAGAGA